GCAAACGAGUUGGUCUUACAAACCUUUUCUCCUUUUCUUUUCUUAUCACAAGACAGUUUUUGUAUCAACUUUUCUACCAACGCAGUAUCAUCAUGAGUGACUCCGACAAUGAAGAYGAAGCGAGAAUGAAAGCGCUUCUCGCCCAAUGGGAUGACGAUGAAGACUCGGAUGCCAGCUCGGACUCUGACGAUGACGAUGAGGAAGACGAAGCACCAGCACCCGCCACCAAGAAGGAUUUGAAUYUGCAGGACAAUGUUUUGGAUCAUAUUGUGAUUGCUGCACCGGAUUUUGAUGAAGCCGUGAAGGAGUUCGAGAACAUGACCGGAAUCAAGCCAUCCRUUGUCGGCUCGCUUCGAGGWCUAGGAACCAAGAGUGCCCGUGUCGGUCUCGACAACAAUGCAUACAUCGAGAUCGUUGCUCCCGACCCAAAGAACUCUGGACCUGUCGGAGCCGCUUUGGCCAAGGACCUCGAAGAUGGUACCCUUAUUCCAUACCACUACGCUAUUCGUUCCAGCGAAGUCGAGGACAUGAAGGACAACCAGGUACCAAAUGAUCUUGGCUGGCAACCAGACCAUAUCUCGAUGUUUGGUGCUGCGCCCAACGGCGCACCAAAGAAGUGGGAAAUGCUUUACAUGUAUGGCCACAAAAUUGGAGGAUGCGUGCCCUUCUACAUCGAUUGGGGAGAGUGUGAUCACCCAUCUGCGUCAAUCCCCGAAGUUGGCUCCCUGAAGACCUUCAUUGUACGCGCACCAGCUGGUCACAAGGUACACGAUCUUUUGAUGGGCGUGARCGGAAUCAUUGUGGAAGAAGGUGAGCCCAUGCUCGAAUUUGCUUUCGGAAGUCCCGAAGGAACCAUCACCUUUUCGGCUGACAAUCCUACUGGAAUCAAGUUCCCUGGAUUCGAGGAAGGCGAGACUGGUUCAGGCAGUGCUGAUUUUAAGCUUCCCAAGAAGGUCAAGCCGAUCGACGACGACGACAGUGUCGAUGUAUCCAGUGUCGAUAGUGAUUAAAACAGCGAUCAAGAUAAGAAGAUCAGUCCGAAAGUGCAAAUUAAUUUGUGCACAAGGGAUUGGUCAGGACUUCUUACCAUAAUAUAUUAACGUUAAUAAU